UGAGUAAUCCAAUGGAUUAACUUGAGAUAUAGUUGACUCACUGAGUCAAUCAAAACCUAAUUGAUUGAAACAAACUCAAGUGAUACUUGAUUAUAUUUGGUUAAAUUAUUUUUUUGAACUUUUUUUUUUUAGAAUGAUAUCGUUGCUUUCUUUCUUUUUAUUAUUUUUUUAAUCGAAGUCGACAUUGUUUUAGGAUUGACAUUGAUUGACCCGACAACCUUAAUCGGGUGCGGGUCUGACAGCCGCGGCACCAUCUUGGUUUCAUGGGCUUGUACCAUUAUUUCCAUAUAGUAUAUAAACGAAAUGCCCGAGCUUAUGACACGCUCUGUCUGUGACUGGGAGUAAAAUAAUGGGACCUGAGACAGAGAACAGGAAGCCAGUGGCUGUGUUCAUGGCUUUUGGUACGAAGGGCGAUGUUUACCCUCUCUCUGCUAUUGCCGCUGCUUUUGCUAGUGAUCAGAAACAAUACCGUGUGGUUCUAGUAACACAUUCAGCACAUCAGAACUUAAGCUCUCACUUGGAAGAAAGACAUGUUACGUUUUUAGGAAUCAAUUCACUGCCUGUUCUUUCUGUUUGCGACAAUUAUGGUGGUUCAGGAUCACAGGAGUUAGCUUUUUCACAACAAAAAAUGAUAGCCACAAGAGAGCACAGACAAGAAUGCUAUUCAGCAGUUGAAGGGAUUUUUGGACAUGGUCCAACCAUGGAGGGUGAUUUUAUCUUGAUAAAUUUUUUUGCAUUGGAAGGGUGGAGCCUUGCAGAACUUUUUCAUAUCCGUUGUGUGGUAGCUGCUCCAUAUGUUGUUCCAUACAGUGCACCUUCCUUAUUUGAGAGUCACUUUAGAAGAGAGCAUCCUCUUUUAUAUAAAUAUCUCCAAGAAGCUGACAGUAAUCAGGUUUCCUGGAAAGAUGUGGCUCAUUGGAUGUGGCCACUUUUUACCGAAAACUGGGGAUCAUGGAGAAGUGAUGAUUUGUAUCUGAGUCCUUGCCCUUUCACUGAUCCAGUAACAGAGCUUCCCACUUGGCAUGAUAGGCCACCGUCUCCCCUACUGCUGUAUGGAUUUAGCAAAGAUAUUGUUGAAUGUCCAGAUUAUUGGCCAUCAAAUGUCCAUGUUUGUGGGUUUUGGUUUCUUCCUACUGAAUGGCAGUUUUCAUGUAAGAAAUGCCAAGAAAUUUCAGAACUUUCUUAUCCUGGAGAUUUGAGGACAAAAGAUGAAGUGUGUUCAGCUCAUGUCAAGUUACAAUGUUUUCUGAUAAAUCCAGCAUCAACACCUCCUGUUUUCAUAGGACUAAGUUCUAUUGGAAGCAUGGGCUUCUUGAGGAACCCUCAAACAUUUCUUCAGGUAAUUCAAACUGUCCUGGAGAUCACAAAUUUCAGAUUCAUCCUUUUUACUGCUAGCUAUGAACCUUUGGAUGAAGCUGUCGAAGUUAUUGCCACUGACUCGUCACAUUUUGAUAAAAGAAAGUACCUUGAAGAGGGAAUCUGUCUCUUUGAUAACCGCCUCUUUUGCUUUCCUAAUAUGGUACCUUACCAAUGGCUAUUUCCAAGAUGUGCAGCUGCAAUUCAUCACGGGGGCAGUGGAUCCACUGCUGCAGCACUACACGCAGGCAUCCCACAGGUAUUAUGUCCAUUUAUACUGGAUCAGUUUUAUUGGGCUGAGAAGAUGUAUUGGAUUGGAGUUUCCCCAGAACCAUUAAACAGAAGCCAUUUGAUUCCAGAUAAACUGGACGAUGUGAGCAUCAGAAUGGCUGCAAAAGUUCUAUCAAGGGCCAUAAAUGAUGCCCUGUCUCCAAACAUCAAAGCACGUGCUUUGGAAAUUGCGGAGAGAAUUUCUCUUGAGGGUUAAGGGUACAUAAUGGAAGUGUUCAAAAAGCAGUACCAUUUGAAACUGUGGAAUUCUCAGUGGCAAUAGAAGGGUUUUAGUCUUGAGAAAGCAACUAAAAUAGCAAUAAUUAAGGAUCUACACUGAUUCAGAUAUCCUUCCCUUAUUAAUCUACCGGGUAAUGGCUAUCAAAAGCUGAAUAAGUGAUUAAGUUGCCAAACUAGUAGAUUGGAUGCUCCACAAGAGAGUUUUGGUUGGCACAUAUGAUUUGAGAGUCAUUGCUUUCUCUGGUGUACCUUUUUGGCUUUGAAAUGUGAUCUUGGCUUUUUUACCCUGAAAAGAAAUGAGGUGGAACCGGGCAUUUUUCUCUGAAAAUGUUAGUGUUAUAUAUUUCAUCUUUUUCGAAAAGAACCGUUAACAAUCAUCAUAAACGUUGCAUAUUUUUGUAUACAAAUGGCUUAAGAUUCCUUGCAUCAUCCUUCUUUGUAUGCAAUAUAAUGUUUGGCGUAAUUUCACAACACUCUUUUUGUUGUCUCUUUUCAAUUUUCAUGAUUUUGACAACAUCCUCCUCUCAUUUUUGUGCAAUUUACCAGGCUCUCCUUCACUUGAAGGACAUUAUGGAAAAAAUUGAAGAACUUAUAGCAAUGAGGUUUUAUUUGGAUUGAUUUCAACACCAUCUACUUAAAUGGCUUUUAAAAUUUUUUUAACGUACAAGUGUCUCCUCAAGAAUGGUUUAAUUGCACACUUAAAAAGUCUGAAAUCAAUCUUGAAUAUUUUGAAAAAUUCUUGAAAUUUGUUCAUGGUGUUUACGCUGAGAUUUUUUUUUCAUGGAAACUAGAGCUCUUUGCAUGGCCUAAAUAAGGCAUCGUUUGUUUUCACGGCUGGGCUGUGCUUUAAAAAAAAAAUUAAAUUUUUUAAAAUUUUUUUUUUGAAUUAAUUUGAUGUGUUCAUAUAAAAAAUAAAUAUUAUUAAAAAUAAAAAAA